AUGAAUCAUUGAAAUCCGUUUUAUGUCGCUUAUAACCUUCCAUUUCUCCUUUUAAGCUUUUUAGGAGUAAUGUCAUAGAUAAGAAAAGUUUAGGGAAUUAACACAAAGGCUUUAGAUGUAAAUGGAUUUUUAUCAUAAUCUGUAUUGUAUAGAUACAUGCAUAUAUGAGAUACUAUAUUGGUUUGCAUAGGAACAGUAAUGAAAUAAGAUAACAGUGGAAUGUUUGUACAGUUGUCUUAAUGAUGUCGAAUAUUUUGUGCAUACAUAAAUUAAACAAGAAACCAAAAAGGGUACUACAAUUUUCGGAUGGUAUAAUGGAGGAAUAUUCGUCGGAAGAUGAAGUUGACAUACCAGAAAGUAGUAAAACCAUGUCACAGAUAAAUACUAAAAAUAUGAAUUGGUUACCAUGGGCAUGGCAUCAAACCACAUGGAUUAGUUCAAAAAUGUUAAAUGGUUGCGAUUAUGUCGGCGAAUGUCUGGCCAACUUCUUUGGCAUAACAGCACCCAAAUAUCAAUUUGAGAUCAAUGAAUUUUAUAGAUUACAAGCACUUGAAAGAGAAAUUUUUAAUAAGCAGGACUUAGAGAUGGGUGGAUGGAACGAUAAAAAGAGAAAUAAUCUUAGAAGUAAUGAUAUUAUAUUGUCAAAUGAACAUAAUUAAUGAUGUUGUGUAUAGAUUUUAUAUCAAAAAAAUUAUUUUGUUAAGGACUUAAAAUAAAAUAUGUAUCAUAAAUUCCCUGUUUAGAAGCAUCAAAAUAUUGUUGUACAAUCUUUAUUAUUAAAGAAAGAAAAAAAGAGAUGGAAAAAAUAUGGAAUUUGUUGCUCCAUAUAUUCAAGAUUUACUAGCAAAUUUGCAAAUGGAAAUAACAUGCUUGAAUAAAUUUACCUGCCAUCUUUUUAUACAAUAUUGAAGCAAUUUUUAAUUAAUGUAAAGUAACAGUUAUACGAAAAAA